UUGCAGCUAGAGAAGCAGAUAGUUUCGAAGGAACAAUCUCAUUUAAGUGGUGAUAUCGCUGGUACAAAAGCUAAUAAAAUUCCAAGCCUAGAAACUGAUUUUGAUACACUAAAUGAGCCAGUAUGGGAUACGGUCAAACGUGAUAUGAAUGCAGUUGGAGCGAAGUUCAAGCAUGUUUUUAUGCCUGAAAACAAUGAUCGACUAAUUCGAGAAUGGGAUCUUUGGGGACCUUUAUUUAUUUGCGUUUUUUUAUCGUUGUUAGGUAAUGGACCUCAUUUUACUGAAAUGUUUACAUUAACAUUCUUUGGCUCUUGUAUCGUUACAUUAAAUACGAAACUUCUUGGUGGAAAAAUAUCAUUUUUUCAAUCACUGUGCGUUCUUGGAUAUUGCCUAUUACCUACUGGUACAGCAGCAAUAGUCUGUAAACUGAUUGUGUUUAGUUCAGAACAAACAACUACACUGUUCGCGCUUCGUUUAUUGGUAACUGUUGCUGGUUUCUCUUGGGCAACUUAUGCAUCAAUGACAUUUUUCGCCACAUCACAGCCUCCUAGAAGAAAAGCUUUGUCAGUAUAUCCUGUCUUUCUUUUUUAUUUCGUUAUUAGCUGGAUUAUAAUAUCUCGUUCAAAGUAA